GAUCUUAAGCCUAAACCACCAGCCUCAGAUUUUUCAUACUUCACCAUUAUAGCAUCUACACAAAUCUAAUUGUACUACUUAACUUAAUAAAUAUGGUAUUAAUAAUUCAAAACCCACAUCUUAAGCAAUCUGUACGGUCCUCUCUCUCUCCCCCUCUUUCUCAGCUCACCCAAACUUUACUCUUUUCUUGACCAAAAACUUCAAAUGGUACCAGAAUUCUGCCUUUUAUUUCUAGCUUUGCCGCUUUGGUUGUAGUAAGGAAUCUUCAUCUCUCUUAUUUCUUGUUGCUGUGUAAAAGCUUGUGGGGCUCUGCAUGUAGUUCAUAUUUGAGAGGGGGGAAGGUUUUUGCUUGGUGCAAAAUCCCAACUUUUUGAAAAAAGAUUGAAUCUUGGGAAAACCCAUUUGGCGUUUUGUUAUAUAGUCUUUAUCAUAUUGUUGUUUAUGGUGAUUGGAUCUAAGAGAAGUGGUUGCUGGGAGGUAGGAGGCUUAGGUUUGAGUUGAGUACUUCCUUUAGUAUUUACGUUUUCAGCUUAUCUGACUGUUGGCAUUCUUGUUUGUGUUUGGCUUUCGCCCCUUGAUUUAUGGUUGUUUAAGAAAAGUUUUUGUCACCCUUUACAUCUGGGGAUGCCCGAAGAAAGUUGUUUCUUUUGUCGGUGGAGAUUCAGGGAUCGAGUUGCUGUAGCUCAAUUUUGAUAUCCUGAAAAGCAUUUUACAUUGGAGAAAACAGCUUUGAGUUUUCACAGGGUAAAGCUCUCUAAUUUUUUUUCACCCUCGUUCUCUCUAGUGAUUAGGAACAAUUGAGAGGCUGGUUCUAAAAUUAGGAGAAAGAAAUGAGGAAAAAUGUUAAUUCUCAUCCAGGAAGGGUGUUUAGUGACAGAAGAUGGAAAAUACCGUUCUUUGUGAGUUUGCUUGUGUCAAUCACUCUAUUUACUGCUACCAUAUUUGGAUUGUACUUGUCACCGUAUGGCCGAGAUCAGUUGCAAUUUGACAUUAUGUCAUUUGCUGAUUCUGAGGACUCAGAUGGGUAUUUCAUAGAAUCUGAUUUAAGGGAGUCGUUUGAAUCCACUGAGACCUCGCGGUUGGAGCCACCACGACUUGCUUAUCUAAUUUCAGGAACAAAAGGGGACAGCCAGAGGAUGAUGAGGACAUUGCAAGCUGUUUAUCAUCCCAGAAAUCAGUACAUUCUUCACAUGGAUCUUGAGGCUCCGCCAAAGGAGAGGUUAAAUUUGACAAUUUCGGUGAAGAAUGACCUGACAUUUAAUGAGGUGGAGAAUGUCCAUGUGAUGGCUCAAUCCAAUUUGGUGACGUACAAAGGUCCGACAAUGAUUGCUUGUACACUCCAAGCUAUAGCACUUCUACUGAAAGAGAGCUUGAACUGGGAUUGGUUUAUUAAUCUGAGCGCUUCUGAUUAUCCUCUUGUGACUCAAGAUGAUCUGCUUUAUGUUCUAUCAAAUGUGUCCCGAAAUCUGAACUUUAUCGAGCAUACACAGAUAUAUGGGUGGAAACUGAACCAGAGAGCAAAGCCCAUCAUAAUUGAUCCGGGUCUCUAUUUGUCUAAAAAAUCUGAUAUUGCUUGGACUACUCAACGCCGGUCUCUACCGACAUCUUUUAAGUUGUUUACUGGUUCCGCCUGGGUGAUUCUAACCCGCUCAUUUGUAGAAUAUUGCAUAUGGGGCUGGGAUAACCUUCCCCGAACUAUCCUCAUGUAUUACGCAAAUUUCAUCUCGUCUCCCGAAGGCUAUUUCCACACGGUUAUUUGCAACACUGAAGAGUUUCAGCACACCGCCAUAAGUCAUGAUCUCCACUACAUUGCUUGGGACACUCCACCAAAGCAGCACCCCAGAUCAUUAACUCUCAAGGACUUCAGCAAAAUGAUAAACAGCAGCGCCCCAUUCGCUAGGAAGUUUCACAAGGAUGAUCCAGUUUUGGACAAGAUCGAUAAAGAGUUACUUGGCCGGACGAAUCGUUUUGCUCGAGGAGCCUGGUGUAUAGGUAGCUCUGACGGUGGUGCCGAUCCUUGCUCUGUGCGUGGUGACGAUUCGGUGUUUAGGCCUGGACCAGGUGCUGAGAGGUUGCAAGAGCUCAUGAAGAAAUUGUUAUCUGAAGAUUCUCGCAGUAAGCAGUGUUCCACGCAGGGAUGAGAGAUGCGCAGUGCAUACAGAUGAGAAGCUGUUUGCAAUUUUUCCAAGCAAGUAGUGUUCUCUCACAAGGAAAGUUGGAUGGUUGAAAUGUACAUUAAUUGUUGAUAGAAUUUGUGCAAUGUAGAAUUUUGUUUUCUUUUCCUGAAAAAUGGAUUUUAUUUAUUUA